AAAAAAGGGGUAGGUAUGAGAUUUGACCGAACGACCAUAAGCACCAUCCCUUCAAGACUUGGUACACUCUUACAAUAAUAUUUAAACCCCUUAACCACCUCCACUUCUUUCUCAGCUUGUUUCCUUCUCCAAAAGAGAAUAACACAAGCUUCAUUUCAAUAACACACACUUUUUCCCUUUCUAUUUUUAAUUGCUUUCAACACCCCCAUUUCAAUAAUGAAUACUCUAUCUCCACCUCCCUCUUCUAACACCCUCAAUUUCAACCACAUAACAAUAACACGGCCGUGGAAAUUUCCAAACCGGCUUGGUCCGAACCGUGUUUCUGUCAAAUGUGCUUACGGUUCAAGUUAUGACACCGGUUCAACCCGAACCGACUGGCAAAGCUCAUGCGCUAUCUUAUCUAGCAAAGUUGUUUCACAAGAACAAUCUUCCACUUCCACCGCCGUCAACGCCGGCGCCGAUGAAAACUUUGCAGCUAUCAACGGCCACAAAACAAACAUCACCGAUCUCCAGCUUGUUCCCAUCGGGAACCUCACCGGAGAAAUUUCAAAGCCACUUCCACCAAAACCGUUAACAAUCUCCGACCUAGCUCCGGCACCGAUGCACGGCUCAAAUCUCCGCGUCGCUUACCAAGGAGUCCCGGGAGCAUACUCUGAAGCCGCCGCCGGAAAAGCUUAUCCAAACUGCGAAGCAAUUCCUUGCGACCAAUUCGAAGUCGCUUUCCAAGCCGUCGAGCUUUGGAUCGCCGACCGUGCUGUUCUCCCGGUAGAAAAUUCCCUCGGAGGUUCAAUCCACCGUAACUACGACCUCCUCCUCCGUCACCGUCUCCACAUCGUCGGAGAAGUUCAACUCCCGGUCCAUCACUGUCUCCUCGCUCUCCCCGGAAUCAGAAAAGAAUAUCUGACACGUGUCAUCUCUCAUCCACAAGCUUUAUCUCAAUGCGAACACACAUUAACAAAACUCGGCCUCAACGUCGCACGUGAAGCAGUUGACGAUACUGCAGGUGCUGCGGAGUUUGUUGCAACUAACAAUCUCCGCGACACUGCUGCUAUCGCCAGCGCACGUGCAGCCGAGCUUUAUGGAUUAAAUAUCUUAGCAGAUGGAAUUCAAGAUGACCCAAGUAACGUAACCCGAUUCGUUAUGUUGGCCAGAGAACCCAUAAUUCCACGUACGGAUCGUCCAUUUAAAACAAGUAUUGUUUUCGCUCAUGAUAAAGGAACUUCAGUGCUUUUCAAAGUGCUUUCAGCUUUUGCGUUUAGGAAUAUUAGUUUAACGAAGAUUGAAUCAAGGCCACAUCGUAACCGUCCGAUUAGGCUUGUUGAUGAUGCAAAUGUUGGAACUGCGAAGCAUUUUGAGUAUUUGUUUUAUGUUGAUUUUGAAGCUUCAAUGGCUGAAGUUAGAGCACAAAACGCGUUGGCUGAAGUUCAGGAAUUCACGUCUUUCUUGAGAGUUUUGGGUAGUUACCCUAUGGAUAUGACACCCUGGACUACUCCUUAAUUUUUAUUUUAUUUUUUUCUGUUUAAAUAUUUGGAAAUUGUAUCAACUUUUUUUUUUUG